GUACUUAAUGAUAACAACUAAUAAAAGAGUUUUAAAACAUCACAAGGUACAAAUAAGAACGAUAACAAUGAGCUGAGCUCAUUGAAGGUUGUUCUGCUUUGUGCAUGUCUGAGAAACUCCUGAAUAUUCAUGUAAGUGCCGCCUUUGGAAACGGAAAAUCUCAGAAACCAAAAAUCUCGUAACACCGGUCCGCUCCCACAUUCCUCUCCACCCAUUAAACAGGUUAAUCUUGAGCUCCAAAGAGGUGCAGCUUGAGGUAAUUUUGCUCUGCAGGGAGCACUAAUUGUGUUCAGAGGAGGAAACAGUACUGAUAUAAAUAGGAGGAUCAUUUUAUCACUGAUCAUAUUGUCAGUUUUAGUGAGUUCACGCUCAAGUCUGGAACAAUGUUUGCACGUGGAGUCAUCGUCCUUCUCUGUGUCCUAGUGGCCGUAUCUGAUGCAGUGAGAGAGCCUGAACCUGAGCUUAUCGUGUGCCCGAUGGACUAUUCACCCGUGUGUGGAUCUGAUGGAGAAACAUACGGCAAUGAAUGCGAACUGUGUGUUGCCAUCAAGGAAUCAGGAACUGAAAUCUCUAUCAUGAAGCAAAGCAGAUGCGAUGAAGAUCUGCAGGAGUGACACAGUGAAUUUACACACAGUGAAUUUCACGCUCAAUUCAUUAAAUAUUUGGCACUCAAACAGCACGCUUACACAGCACACCGUGAACACACGGAAGGCGCAUUUCUUCAUUCAUUUAACCCCCAACUUCCCUCUCUUACCCGUUGCCCAUCAUAAAACAAACAAUUCAUGAACACAUAAAUAAAUGAAUAUAAGUUAAAAGCACUUCCCUCUCCCAAGGUCAAGGAGACCCAUCCGUAGGGGAUAAAGCAGAGCACGGGCAACUCGUGUCAUCCGCCGGGGACCGUCCCUUCACAAUAAGGAGGCGGCGCUUAAGUCACAAGUCCAUUCAUAAAACAGUCAAUCCCACAGAUGCUCGACUGGAUUGAGGAGGCCAAGUCAAUUGUAAUUGUAAUUGUAAAAACUUACUUGCCCCCCUUAGGGGCAAUUUGUUCUGUGCAAAGGCCUUUACCCUCUGAGAUAUAUUUGUAAGGAAACCACUGAUUCGAAACAAAAGUGUUUUGAAAUCACCCAUCGCUAGAUAUUGUUGGAUAAAGUCACACAAAAAGUAUGGCACACAAAAAGGGGGGGCACACAAAAAGUAUUCUCGUCACUUUAUAAUAUUAAGGUGCUAUGAAGUGUGCCAUUUGGGACAGGGCCUUCAUAUGCAGUUUUGGUCUUGUGGACUUACAAUCUUGUCACCUUUCGGCGAAAUUUGCUGUUUUCGAUCCAAAAUAGGUCAUUAUUGUGAUUCAUCUAGAUCCGAUGAAAGUGUGGGUGUGUUGCAGAGUCACGGUGAAUGACAUCAGGCUUAUUCGAGACGUGUUUGCCAUCAAAGUCCAGCAAGAGCGUUUUGGAGAGCAGACAACUUAUUUCAAGGUUUAAUUUUUCAAUUGCACAAUAAACUAAGCAUCCCAGAACACCUGAAUGAGUUGAAGUAGAUUAUACUGAUUUCAUAUAACAAAUAAAUUAAUAAAUAAAUAACAUAUUGUUAAAAAAAUAUACAGCUGCCAUUUCAGUGAUGUUAUUCUGUUAAUGUUUUGUCUAUUUUUGA